AUGGGCAAAAGACAAGAGAACGCAGAAGCAAAGCUUCACGAUCAAACGAACCUCUUGGGAUUCCGAGACUUGAUGGUUCUCUACGCUAUCAUGUCUCUAUCCCUAAUGGUCUGUUCCAUCGAUCAGAGCAGUAUCGGAGUCCUGUUGCCAUCCAUGGGAAAGGAUCUCAAUGCCCAGGGAUCUAUAUCAUGGGCGGGGACAUCUGCUCUAAUUGCCAACACAGUCUUUCAGGUGCUUUAUGGUCGUUUGUCGGACCUCUUCGGCCGGAAAGCGAUGCUUUUGUCUGCUUUAUUCUUGCUCUCUUUAAGUGACUUGGCCUGCGCUCUUGCCGUCAACUCGACUAUGCUCUACGUCUUUCGCGGUCUGGCAGGAAUCGCAAACGGCGGUGCUGCUUCCUUGAUACUUAUGGUCGUUAGCGACGUGGUAUCACUGAAAGACAGAGGAAAGUAUCAAGGAGUUCUAGGAUCGAGCGUGGGAAUUGGGAACGCGAUCGGGCCUCUCCUUGCUUCCGGGUUCGCUGUUCACUCCACCUGGAGAGGCGUCUUCUACCUGGUUUCUCCACUGGCCAUGCUAUCCUGUGUAGCGAGUUAUUUCUGGCUUCCAUCCACCAUGCCCAAGAUGAAUGUCAAAGAGACUCUCGCGAAGAUUGAUCUACUCGGUCUGUUCUUCGGAAGUGCAGCGGUGAUUUUACUGCUCAUUCCAACUUCCAUGGGCGGACACGUUGGUUCUCCCUGA